GAUGCUUGUUGUCUGUUGCGGGCAUGUUUUAAUCAUCGACUCACGGUAACGAACAGAUAUGGAGAGCAAAAUGCUCUAUUUAGCAUCUUUGGUGCUUUUCGCAUUUCUUCAGCCCCAAGUCGAGGCUCAGAGGUACUACAAUUACUACUCGCCUCGGAACUACGUCGGUCGUAAUCUGUACGAGCACGGCCGGUCGAUAUCCGACGAGCUGGUGAGAUGCGGGCCCCACACUUGCGGGGUUGGUGCUCACUGCACGCACGGCAGUGUGCGGCCCGUCUGCGCCUGCCUACCUGGACACUCUGGAGAUCCUCUAUCGCAGUGUAUCAAGAUCGAAUGUGUCAGUAACGACGAGUGCCGCGGCCACCAGUCCUGUGUAAACCAACACUGCGUCAACCCAUGUGAAGGCGCAUGCGGUGUCAAUGCUAACUGUGAUGUCCGUCAGCACGUGCCGGUGUGCUCCUGCCCCGCGGGCUAUACCGGCAACCCAUUCACAGCCUGUAGGGUUGCUGAUCCGGAGGAAGCAUGCCACCCGUCUCCGUGCGGAGUCAAUACUAAAUGUCACGUGGCAAAUAACCAGGCCAUUUGUACCUGUCUACCGGGAUACAGAGGCAGUCCGCUGUCAGGCUGCAGACACGAGUGCGAGUCUGACAGCGACUGCGGCGUGCAACAAUCAUGUCGCGACUUCAAGUGCAUCAGCCCCUGCAGCGACUGCGGAGUCAACGCUGACUGCGAGACCGUCGCCGCACACCGCGCCGUCUGCAAGUGUCCACGAGGAUACUUCGGUGAUCCGUACCGCAUCUGCACAGCGGAAUGUGAAUCAGACAGUCAGUGUCCGAGCUACAAGCCGGCGUGCGUUUACAACGCGUGUGUCAACCCGUGCACCAACGCGUGUGGUGUCAACGCCGACUGCAACCUGCGCGGCCUCACGCCCGUCUGCUCCUGCCCUAGGAACAUGACAGGAGAUCCCUUCACAUUCUGUAGACCUUUUGAAGCACGUGACCUCUGCGAGCCUAACCCUUGUGGUGCCAACGCGAAGUGUACUCCAGGACACGACCGCACGGGCGCUGAACGACCUGUCUGUACCUGCCCCACUGGCUACAUCGGCAACGCUCUUGUCUCUUGCGAACGGGGUGAAUGUGAGCUGGACUCUCAGUGCGCGGACCACUUAGCGUGCGUGGGCUACCAGUGCGUGGACCCUUGUCUCGGCAAUACUCAGUGCGGCUCCGGCGCAGUCUGCGUCGGCCGCCGACACAUCGCCGUCUGCACUUGCCCUAAUGGUCAUCGUGGUGAUGCCCUUGUCAACUGUUACGAGUCAAAUUCAGUGGUUGCCUCAACUCGUUACUACAGAUACAAACGUAACGGCAACUUCACUGAGCCCGAAGCACCGACCGUAACCGCGACUGAAGUCGUGGUGGAAGCAUCCCCUAAACCCAGCGCCGACAAACCCGAAACCAAAAAGGCGGAAACCGAAAAGAAGGAGUAAAGUGUACACUGCCAUAAAGACAAAAAUAACUUAUGAACGAAUAAAUUUUUAACACUUGCAUC